UUGAACAGUACACCUGUUGAACUUCCCAGGCAGUCUCUCUCUUUCAACCCUCCUGUUCUCUUUCAUUGACCUGAGGAAAGGGGGACCUGACAGGCUCACCAUGGAUCCCAGGGAGGCCGGUGGGGGUGAGAAGGACAAGGAAAGACAGAUAAAAAGAAAAAACCGGCCUGUGUUCCUGCGGUACCUGGAGAGGAGAAAGACGGACACUAUAGUGGUCGAUGACAUGGCCAAAGGUGACAUCAACCUGGGAACGCUGGUGAGGAGGAGUCAGUCUGACAAGACGGAGUACAGCGCUAAACUUAAAGGUACAGCAGCUAAAGAUGUUCCCAAGUGACAAAACUAUAGCAACUAAAGUGUCUCAGUGCAAAAUUAUACCUGGAGAUGUAAUAGAUGUACAAUAGACAGGCUGUAAAAACAGCAUCCAUGGCUUAAGGGGGUGGGGGAAUUUUAACACUGCACCAGCCAGUAAGUGUGCUCUGCUCUUUAUUGGGCACCUGUUGUGUUACUAUGUGCUGAGAAAGAUACUCCCUCAGGGAUGAAGCCACAUAUGCAAACUGUGCCCCAUAGCCGGGCACUGAGGAGUGGCCUUUCAGGUAUUCUGGACUUGCACAUAAACAAGACAUUAGCCGGGAAGACAUAAUGAAUAACACAAGUUAUUUUUAGAAAUUCAAGACUUUGGAACAAUGAGUCCCUAGAGGUGUAUUCAUUUUAUGCAAAUGAAAAAGAUUCAACUUAAGAAUGAGUUGAACUUUAAAAAGCGUGGAUAGGCAUGAGUUACAAAAUAAUAAUAGCAAUAAUGGGAUUCCAGCUACAGAUGAGGGUGAUUAAUUUGAACACAAAUCCACUCUUCAGAAAAAAAAAAAAAAAGAAAAAACUGGCUCUACCUGUCCUAGAAUGCAGUCAGCCACUGGGAAUGCUGCACUUCAGGCAAAAUCACAUCAGCUGUCAGCAGGGGGUUACAAUCAUUAAGUCAGCUGAAGUAUGUUGGCUUUCCUGCACCACUUGUUCCUCAGUUUCCUCUUCUGUGAACAAUGUAAAUCCCAUGACACACUGACCGCUGAUGCUUUAUAAAACAAAUGAAAAGUAAAAACAUCUCAAUGCCUGUCUCAUAGGUAAGUUUCACACAGAUACACACACACACACACACACUUAUUCAUGCUUGCCUUAUCAGCAGCAGCUUUGUUUACCUGAAAUAGAACCACUCUUUGUACUAUUUUCUAGCCCAGCCUGUAUCAUGGUGGGCAGAGAUGUCAAAAACACACACAGAAGUGUUUUCAGUAAACCAUUGACCCACCCUGUUUUGGAUUCAGCUGAUGAGCAGCAUUACAUAUUUACAGGGGUAUUACCAAUGCAAAUAUUGACAGAACGAUGACUUCACUGAAAGAGGAAACACGUGAGCUGUUGCUCUUCAAGUCUGCUCUCAUCUGCCUGUCAGGCAGGUUCGUCCAAAGCAGCCAUGAAGUCAUGACAUCAGUAUGUCUAAUCAGCUGCAGUCUUUGAUAUGUGUGAUAUGGCUCAACACCCAGGGCGACAACCGUCUGGGACUGGCAUAAGCAUUCAAGAAAGAAAGGAGAAAAGAUGAUUUGUCAAAUUUUGGUCAAACACAAGGUUUUCUAGUAUUUCUGGCAUUCACAUAUUUAAUUAUGAAAAUAUGGUUUUAUACUGGUUUAAGGUCACAAAUGCUGGUUAGUACAACUUAAAAUAGCAUUUGAUUAAUAAUUCCUGUGCUAAGUUAAAGACAAAUUUUGAAAACUGGUUGCUUUUAAAAUUUGGAUCUUGUUUAAACAUCUGUUGUCCAAAUUCCAAAAUACUUUGAAUGGGUGGUGAUAUAACAACCAUCAGGAUAUAUUACCAUUCCCUAUAGCUAGAGACCCCUCCAUAUCCAAUGGCGUCCAAAUAAAGUAAAAAGUUCUACAAUGCCUACAGACAUUUGUCAAUUUUAAGCAUUCUGAAAUAUGUGCUCAUUCACUUGGUUUUGGAAACUUUCAAUAUGAUUUUCUGGUUCCCUCGGGUGCAAAUAUGAAAUGUUAAAGAAGAUUCCCUUCAAGACGGGAAAGAAAAGUCACUGCACCAUUCAACUGAAGCAGAUCUGUGUUGAUCUUCAUACAUGAAGAAAUAUAUUCAAGAAAAAACAAUUUGUUCAUAUAUACUGUCAGAGUAUGGAUUAUAUGGUUUGUAACAAAUGGAACUGUCAGCAAUAAGGCUGAAUGAGAAACAGACCUUUUAGGUUAAAAACAAAUCUCCGAAUCCUCCUCUCCUGGUAGAGAACUACAACUAACUUUUCUUUAUGAGAUUAUUGUCUAGUAAAAACAACACAAAAACAAAAGAGAAUUGAUUUUGUAAAUUUUUUUAACACAAAUUUGCCAGCAAAUGUGCAGGCCGUUUUAAAUUUUAAGUUUUAUAUAAGGAUUUAUCAGCUUACAUUCUUUCCUUCAGGCCUUUGCAACAAUUGGCUUUUAUUGGUAUUUUAUGGUAACAUUAACUUUGUAUGACUUAAUAAAAUAAACAAAACUUAACGAUAAAAACAGUUAUUUGUUGUUUCCAUGUUGCUAUUUAAUGAGAAUAAGAACCAUAACCCACUUAUUGUAACCAGCUUUUCUCCAAUUUCUGUAUGCUUUGUUUUCAAAUUACGGUUAUUUGGAAUGAUAACUUUUCCUUUGGUGUGUGGCACAGUCCAAAGUAUUAUUUUUCCAAAAAGUGCAACACAAUCCAUUUUCUGUGCUCUUUCUGGACUAGCAUAUUGGAUCCCUUUCACUGGGCUGAACAGAGAAAACCCUUGUCUCUGCUUUCAUGGGAAAUCCCGCACCAGAAACAAACCAAACAGCGGUCUGUCAAACCUAAAAUGUCCCACCAAUUUUUCAGUUUUUCAGUUGGGUAGCAAAUAGAAGUGAAGCUUUCAUGACGCACACUUUUUGUAUCAAUUUUAAAAUUCAGCAGUGACAUUUCAGCUGGUUAGAAAUGACCAAACUCAAACUCUCCUUGGGCCUACUUUCUCACAGAUGCAGGUUUUCAGGUAUGGGAUCUUUCUUACAGACUGACAACUAGUGCUGACACAAGAAACGUCUAAUUACUGUUGAAGAACUAAUUACUCAUUAUGUGUUUGGGACUUAUCAGAUAGUAUUGUGAUGCAGCGUAAAACAAAGAAAUUUGUAACAACUACAAAAGUCAGUAAGGUUUAAUUACAAAUUGUGUAACUGUAAAAUGGAGGAAAACAAUCAUUUAAAGAAAAAAAUCAAGAGAGUGUGUUGUAUAUAUUUUUUUAUUUAUCUGACCCUGUCUGGAGUCUGAUAAGCUUUUAGCCGGUUUUCUUUGAGGGUGACUCUAUAGCUGUUUAGCUUCAUUCCUCUUCCCAUCAAGUCUGACCAGUUUCUUUGUCACUGCUGAAAUAAAGCACCUCAUUGUACCGUCACCAUCAUGUUUCAUAGUGCUGUUCUUAGUUUUUACUAAACAUGGCAUUAAUAUCAAAAAAUGUAAUUUUUGAACUGAAGUUAUUGACAAAACUUCCUGAUAUUAACAGUAAUAUACAUCAUAUUCCAGCAACUGUGUGUCACAGUUUUGAUUCAAAAAUUUAUUAAACCUACCCAACUUCUGCCCCAGGCAAAUAAACCUAGCAUUUACGUAAACUGAAAACAAUCAUUAUAUGUGACUUGAUUGGCUGUAAAAGAAAAUCAAAUCUCUGCUGUAACACUGUCCAGUGACAAAUAAUCUUCUUAUUUUUAUGAGCAUGAAAAUAAGAAGAUUCUUCAGAAAUCAGUAACUGAUGUCAACAAAUACACACCACAACCAUGAUGGUGUAUUUACAAUCAAAUUUAAAACAGCAGCGAUUAAAAAAAUAAAAUAAAAAUGUGAAGGCGGUGAGCAAAGGUGUGUUUGUAGAACAUCUCUCCAGCUGAUAAGGAAGUGGGUGGAUUGUUUACAUUGUUAAACUUGUGUCACGGGAAACAUUUCACUUGUAGUGGUAGGAUUAAAAACUUUGUGAUAUUUCCAUAACUUGAAAGGAAAUGAUUUAUAUAAGAGCCAAAGAUUACAAGAGGAUCGUCUUCUACAAGAGGACUGAAAUAGACCUCAAAAUCAACAUUGGAUGUUCUCAACAGGUACAAGUUCAAAGUUUAUCUCUGCUCCUGACCACCGAUCUUUAAAAUAAUCAUAGCAUGCAAAAAACCUUAAACCAAAUGUUUCUCAGAAAUUAUUUAUUGAAGAAAGCACAGUCAUUAGAUCAUUAUAAGUGAAAUAUUAACAAUGAUAUUAGAUAAACUGAGAAACAGCUACAUGCAAAAAUAUUAGCACAAUUUCUAUCCUGGACUCCUACCAUUAAUUUACUUUUUAUUUCUUACUUUUCUUCAAACAAUAAGAAAUUAGCCAUUUUUCUUUAACCAAAUUAUUUUCUCUUUAAAUUUUGAAAAAAAAUAUAAAUGAAGAAAUCUUAUUCUGUAACUAUAAUAUGACAAGAGCAGCAGUCAAAAAAAUGUUUUUUUUUUAAAUAUUAUCAUUUGAUUAUACAUAUUAAAAUAUGAAUGCAUUGACUAUAAUAAAUGUCUUACUUUCCAACGUUUUGUGGCUUUACAUGUGAGUUGGCACAGCGACACAUAGUAUUGUCAGUAGAGUGAGAUCAGAGUUUUGUUUCUGCCAUGUUACUGUUUUCCUUGUGCUUGAAUUCAUCAUAAGGCACUGCUGGGCACGGUCACAUGAUCCAUCCUACCAGGCUUCACCCAACAGAGAAACUGAUGCCACAUGACCUGUCAGCUCUUCCCUCUCCGAUUCUGGAUGUGGAAGAGAUUCGAUCCAGGAAGAUGAGCCGCAGGGCAAAAGUGAUACAAGAACUUGUGCAAACUGAAAAGGACUACCUCACUGACUUGGAACUGUGCAUCAGAGAAGUUGUCCAGCCUUUACGAGUAUUACAGGUUGUUGACGUAGACCGACUUUUCACCAACAUGGAGACAGUGUGUGAGGUGUCUGCAGCUCUUCUUCACAGAAUGCACAUGGCCAUGUCUGACCCAGAUCCAGAAGCAGUCGUCAUAGGGGAAGUGUUUAUCCAGGCAAAGGCAGCUUUAGAAGAUGUAUAUAAGAUUUAUUGUUACCACCAUGACGAUGCCAACAUGUCAUUGAAGGCCUAUGAGAGGGAGGAACAGAUAAAGCAGCAUUUUACUACAUGUAUCUUAGCAUUGAAAAAAAUCUAUGACCAAGAAGGAAAACCCAAUUUGUUGGAUAUGGGCUCCCUGCUGAUCAAACCAGUCCAGAGGGUCAUGAAGUACCCAUUGCUUCUGGGGGAACUUUGGCAGGCCACCCCUGAAGACCACAUUGACUAUCUGCCCCUGCAGGAGGCGCUCACCGCUGCCAAGAUCAUAAACGUUAACAUCAAUGAGUUCAGGAGACGGAAAGACAUAGUUAUGAAGUACAAGAGGUUAGAAAAUGAUGAAGGCACCCUGAGGGGCAAGCUAAACAAGAUUAACAUCCACUCCCUCCGGAAGAAAGGAGACAGGUUUGCAGGUUAUCUGAAGAUUCUCACUGGAGUAGAACCACAGGUGAGAGAUGAAGUUUUUGAUAAGGAAGAGAAACUGUUCAGGAGUCUGGAAAAAGCUGUGAGGCAACUGGCCAAGAAUGUUAACUGCUAUGUGCAAAACACUCAGGAGAUGGUGCCUGUUGCUGUUCAGAACGUGAAGGACAUGGAAAACAUGAUUACGGAUCCAAGCAAAGCAGACACAAAUGGCUCAUCACACAAGAAUGGCAAAGAUCCUUAUAAGUACUUUAAAGAGCGAAUGGAGGAGUUGGUUCUGGUGCCCCUCACCUCUCUGCAGGGCAUGUUCACGGCCCCGCAGAAGCUCAUCCAGAAGCGUUAUGACAAGCUGCUGGACUACUGCUGCCGCCUGGAGCGCUCCUCCUCUUUUGCAUCCUCAUCCUCCACCUCGACCUCCACCAUGUCCUCCACCGCCUCACCAGCAUCAGAUGCGCCUCCAGGUCCUGCCAAGAGAGACUAUGAAGCCAUCAAUGCUUUGCUAGUGGACGAGUUGCAGAGGUUCAACAUGGCGGCUUAUACUAUCCUGACAAACUGCGUGCUGUGUCUGGUGGCCCUGCUCAGAGGACUGAUGGGUUGCGCUUUGGUUGGAGCUCCGGCUGUUCACCAGCUGCCUCCUCCACUGUCAAACAUGGCUGAAGUGCAGAACAGCAUCAUGGAUGAGCUGAACAAUCUGACAUUUGUGAAGGAUAAUGCUCAGAAGUUAAUGGAGAGAAAAGUCAGCUUUGAGAGGCAACGAGACAAAAGAACUGCGGUGCAGGAGGUGCAGCAUCAAACAGAGGAACAGCGCGCCUGGCUGCUGGCGGAGUACCCGCCGAACCGCCUCUACCAGCUGAAGAGGAAGUGUAAUGGCUGUCAGGAACAGGACCUCAGCCUGCUGGAGGGAGAGCUGGUGGCUUUGUUGGAGGAUACAGACCCUUUAGGCAGCAGCAGCCGUUGGCUGGUGCACAACGGAGGUGACAAAGGCUAUGUCUACUCCACAUUCCUGAAGCAGUACAACCCUCUGAGGGACUCCCAGCGGGCAAACCAGAAGGCCAAAGAGCAGCAGCAGCCUCCUGUCAUCACAUAUGAGGACUUUGACGACCUCAGCCUGUUUGUGUCACCCAGCAGCAGCAGCAGCAUGCGUAGCCUCAGCCUGAACACCACAGACAGCAGCUCAACCCUCUCAGGUCUGCAGGGAGAGCAGGAGAACGCUGAAGAACUGGAAGAGUCCGUGGAUGGUGACACCCAGCAGUAUUAUGCCGUCUAUGCAUUUCAAGCACGCUGUGAACAGGAGCUGUCCCUGCAGGAGUACCAGCACGUCCGCAUACUCCAGUUCUGUGACCUGGGCGGAAAUAAGCAGUGGUGGUUGGCUGAGGCCAAUGGACAGAAGGGAUACGUCCCUGCUAACUACCUUGGCAGAAUGUCAUAUGCAUGAAUCUAGAAUGUA